AUGUGUGAGAUUAAGGAGAAGAAAUUAAUAAUCAAAAAGCGUUUCUGUGAAUUUAAAAUAAGCAUUACUUGUAAAAUAAGUUAUAAAUAAAUUCCAAUCGAGCCAUACAAUAUGUCUCUCUUUACUGCUGAUCUACAGAAGGAGUACUUUUCUAUUAUUAGAAUGGGAGGGAUCUCAUAUAUUAAUAGGAAUAUCUAAAAGAGAAUCCAUUAAUAAAUAAAAUUUAAUUGUUAGAUGCUGUAGGGUUAGAUUUCACCUAACGCAUUCAGAUACAUAUUUACUUAGUUUUAUGCUUGUUAAAAUACAAGUUCAUCUCAGAUGUGUGCACCUUAAAAAGAAAUAGAAAAAGUCUUGGAAUCAGGUCAAUACAGUGUUCAUAAAAGUGAUUAUCUUACCAAAUUAGAUCAAUCAGGAUAACCUUAUUAAGUAAUCAUCACAAAUGAAUUUACAACUUUUAUUUGUUUACUUCUAAAAUUAUUUCUUAAAAAUAUAGAAUUUUAUAAACAUCUUGAGAUGAAGGAUUAAUUUGGGAAUCAAUUUAGAAUUAAUCAAAUGUUUAAUCAAUUGAAUGGAGAGAGAUAUCUGAAUUUUAUAAUAUAGUUUUUCAUCAUAUAAGAUUAGAUUACAAAUAAACAAUUAACAUUAGAACAUAUGUUACAUUUUAAACUAUUCUAGGCAAAUUAAGUUGAUUAUUUGUGA